GAUCGCUCGAGUUCUAGAAUUCAUGUUCUGAAAACACAGAGCGUAAGAAGGAAGAAGGAACGAGGAAUGAUGGGGACUGUUCUACGAGAUGAAAGAUUCAAAAGGAUAAGUCAGUUAAAUGAAUGAGCAGCCUCAAUCCUCCUCAUCCUUCUAUCAAUUUGGGGAGAUAUGAACUCAUCAAAUGUGAUCCUCUGGAACCGCUGCCGUUAUACAUAAAGCUAUACAUCGCAGAGAAUGCAGCAACCCCCAGAUCAAGCAUUCAGUCUUUAUUACCGUCCGUUCACUGUAUAUUGCGCCUUUUUGGACAUCAUCUCAUCGCUGGCCGCCUUCGUGCGAACGAUAUCUAUCAUAGCCACCAGAUCAUUUGCAUGGCCGAUCUAUACGGACCCUAUAUCCCUGAUCCAAAUGAUGGGUACAUCGACAACGUACGCUAUGUUGGAGAAGGCAUCGAACGCCUCAACAGCCACGAGGAUUUCAGCCAAGUUGUAGCUUGUAUACAACGCUUUUUCGCAGAGGAAACUUCCCCUCCACAAUGCCCAUACGUCACCCUUUACCUGCUAGAAGAAGGUCAAAAGUGCAUGCAGAUCAGUGACCCUGAUGGAUGUGGAUUCCACUAUCUGUAUACUCUGCUGGUUAUGAACUGUUUGCCACAGCCGUGUACGAUGUACGAGGACGAUCGCAUCGAGGUGUGGAGAGGGUUGGGACAGCCUGUAUAAGGGAUGAAUGGUAUUUCUUGACAAUCGUGUCGCAAAAGUGAGAUAGCGGUUGCAAUGCCCAGCUCGUUGACUGCGUCGCUGGAUUCUCUUUUACUUCGAUCCUUGACUGAGUGAUAAAUUUGCAAAGCAAACAGA